GGUAACCUGUCCGAAUGAGUUAAAUUUGCAUUCUCAUCAAUGACGAUGAAAAUCCGCUUGUCGACGGUGAUCGCGUUGAAGCUUGACAGUAUCUAUCGGUCGUAAUAACAGCGUCCUUGGAUAAUUGAAAAAGAUGCGGGUGGGAGUUACGAUAAAUUUCGGUUACUCGGUAAACUAAACGACGUAUGUACGCGCGCGCACACACGUACGUUCGCACCCCACACCCCCCAAUAGUGUUAAAGAGGGAAAGAGAGAGAAAGAGGGAGAGGGAGCGCACUCAGGUUGGAUACUGGCACCAUGCAGUAAUUCAUUGCAUUCGUUGCAUUUGAUCGUCGCGUGAACGUGUGGGGCUAUCUUCUUCAAUGAAUUGAUAAAGAUAAAGAGCCAAGUAUGCGCUGGUUAAUACGUCUGUGUACCCUUGCAAUCCUGCUGGUGCACAGCAUAGCGGUGAACAGCGAUGAGGCGCCGUUAACCAAACUCGGCGCAAAAACCGGGCCAACCCUGAGGUUCUUCUAUUGUUACUCGUGCGGCUAUAGAAAAGCCUUUGAGCAAUACGUGAGUAUUCUCAAACAGAAGUACCCGGAGCUUCAUGUUGAGGGCGAGAACUUCAACCCACCGGGUUAUAAUAUGUUAAUCGCAAAGGCGCUGGGAACGUUGAAAAUCCUGAUAAUUAUUCUCAUUGUGAGCGGCGUCGACUUUGGCCUGUUACCAUCAGUGUGGCAGUGGUGUAUAAAUAAUCGUUUUUAUUCCUGUAUAUUGAUUUUUCUGCUUGGCAAUGCCAUAGAAAGUCAAUUAAUUUCAUCGGGUGCGUUUGAAAUACAUUUCAAUGAUGUUCCUGUUUGGUCAAAACUCGAAACCGGUAGGAUACCACAACCAUUGGAAUUGUUUCAAAUAAUUGACUUUCAUUUAGAUAUGCAAUUCUCAGAAAUGGAUGUAGGAAAGAUCAAGUUUCAAACGUAAAAUAUAAUGUUUCUUCACAUUCUGAAAUUGAUAAAUUUCAAACCGUGUGUACCAUGCCAGGAAGUUUGCUAAUGUGUAAUGUGAUGAAAAUAUGUACAAUAUAUUUCUUAAGUAAAUAAGGUUCUUAAUGUACAUCUUAUCAUAGAACAUAAUUCCAAUAAGACUACGAACAUAUAAAUGUAAUUGAAAUAAAACUGUUACCAAAAUU